AUGCACAGUAUGCGAGUCCCAAUAGAGAUUCUCCGACUCAUCCUACGGCAUAUGGUCGACGCUUUGCCUGUUAAGGAGUUAUUACGAGCGAGGCUAGUGAGUUACGUCUUAGCGACGGAACUCGAUCCGCUCAUUCAGUAUAGUCCUCAUUUCGAGGAGAACGACCUAGUCUAUAACCGGUGGUCGCAAUUCCCCUACAAACGCACGUUUGUCCAAUCUAAACUCGACCAACAUGGCACAGAACCCUGCUUCUUCUCGGGCGCUGUGCACGAUCUCUUAUCACACCGCUCUGUCGCCACGCUGUCACAGAAAGAGAAGGAUGGCCUAAUAUCAGCGCUAAUCGACACGGUCAUGUGGUCCAGCAUCCGGCCUAAGGAUCUAUUCAGCCAGAACCCCGAACCAGGAUUCAAAAGCCUGCACAGCAUGAAACGCGCGUCCUUUGUAACCCAGAAUUGGGACUCAAGGAGCUACACGGCGUACGAGUCGCUUGAGAGCACAAUCGCUAUUGCCCGCGCGACGAGUGCGAUUGUGCGCGGGAAUGCAGCGGAGCUGGCUCAUCUGCUGGAGCUCAGCAGAGGAGUCGAUUCGCUGACAAGACACAGCUACCGCCUCGAAGUCCGUGCAUUGGACGUCGCUGCGAAAGUCGGGAGUAAAUGUAUUAUCUCUGUUUUACUCGAUCACAAAUGCCCUUUGGAGAUGAUCAUGCCGGGGAGCGUAACGAACGCGGUUCGCUUCGCGGCAAGUCAUAACAACCUUGCUGCGAUUAGAUGUUGGCUGGAGAAGCCGAGCUAUGAAUUCACGUACGACGGACGGAUCCAUACGAGUACGUGGAAGGACGCCUGGAGGGCGCUAUAUAGUACAAUACACAAGGUAAACAGCCUCAAAGCUCUGGCUCCCGCGUACGACGGGCCGGACGCAUUCCCUAAUAUCCUAUGCCACGCUGUGCGGUGUGGAGAGCUGGAAACCGUCCGGUGGUGCUUGGCUCGCGACGAUGCCCAUGUAUUCAAUUCGGAGCCUCGGAGAAAGGGGCCGCUGUGGCUCGCGAUACAGGACUGUUGGGAGAAAACCACGAGAUACACCAUUUUGAAGCUGCUUUUGGAAUAUGGGUUCGAUCCUAAUGAGCGCAGGGCUAAUGUGCACAACUGGAAAACGCUGCUCCAUGCUGCGAUCAAGGAGCAGGCUGUUGAGUCCGCUAGGCUGCUUGUGCAGCAUGGUGCUGAUGUCAAUGCAAAUGCGCAUGGUCGCCAUCCCUUGCCCAGGGGCCAGUAUAAGGGGAAGAAUAGGUCUCCGCUUGCGGUAGCAUUAGAGCAGUCUCCUGCUAUUGCACGUAUGCUGUUGGAUAACGGAGCGCGGAGAAGGUGGUGGUGGAAGGAUGAGGAGUACGUCUUUGGAGAGGAUCAGAAGGUGAUUGGGCAUAUUCAAGGGGUGUUUCGGGAUUUGGGAUUUGAUGAGCAAGAAGUCAUGUACGAGAAGCUUGAAUAUUAUGUGGUAGUGAAUCAGUGA